GAGCGAAGAAUUGAGGUGGGGAGGAGAGGAGAGGAGGUGUUUCCAUAGAGAGAAUAAAAGAGGGGGGGAAACACCCCCAUAUUGCCAGCUCUUUAACAACAAUCAUAGCCAGGGAAAAGGAUUGAAGUUCAGGUUUAAUGUGUCUCUCUCGUCCUGAGAGAGCUUCUUUGCAGCACUGACUGAGAGGGCUCACACUCUCCUAGCUACACAGCAGAAUCGCAGGGCCUCCAGGACGAUGUCUCGCCCCAGGCUCCUCAUCCUCUUCCUGAUCCUCUUCGCGGCGCGGACGAGCCUCUCAUUCAAGUUGUACAAGGCCGAGUCCAUCUUCGGCUGCGUCGACGCCGCGCUCUCCGAGGCUCGGAAAGGUCUCCCCGGCGAGAACUCCGUCCUGGGCAAGAGGAGCUUCAAGUACCCACAGGUGGCCGAAGAAGACCUCUCCUUGGAGGACAACCAAGAGGAAGCCGAGGAGGACAAGGACAAAAGGACGUUCCCGGCCGUCACCCGCUACCGAUACCUUGCCCAGGCGCAGGGGAAAGGCAAGGUGUACCAAGGUGUGCCGGCGAAGGGCGACCGGCGCUCGAAGGUCACCCUCUCGCUCGACGUCCCCACCAACAUCAUGAACAUCCUCUUUAGCAUCGCCAAGGCCAAGAACAUGAGGGCCAAGGCGGAGGCCAACGCUCAACUGAUGGCGCAGAUUGGCCGGCGAAAGUGAUGAGGGCGGGGAGGGAGGGGUCCGGGUGAAGGCCGAGGCGGCCGCGAGGGUGGCGGCGGAAAAGGGGGCUUCUCGGCCGGCCUUCCCUUCCUUGAGACCCCCGGAGACGGAACUGUCCGCUGUACUAUGUUAUAUAAGCGCUGUAGAUUCGCCAACCCUUCCAGCUAUCUAGCAUUCGUACAUCUUUCUCUCUUUCUCUCUCUCUCCCCGCACCCCGGUCUCCCAUCCCAACCCCAGUUCUCCUCAAGUGGAAACCUGUGUUGUGGGACAAAAAACAUACCAAAAGAAGAAAAGAAAAAAAGAAAAAAACAACGAUGAGGGGCGGGGUGGGAAAUUGUUCACAUCACAUGACGCAGGCCCUCA